AUGUCGGGUGGAAACGAAGAGGAUCAGUUGGCACAGUGCCAAGCCUACGUUCAACGGCACAACAUCCAACAACUUGUUAAGGAAGCGAUUGUUGUUCUCUGUAUACAUAAACCCGACAACCCGGUUCUUUUCUUGAAAGAUCACUUCGAAAAGCUCAACGAGCAACGAGCACAGGAAGGAGGAAUUCCGGACAGUGUUGAUGAUGAUGAUAUCAUCAUCGAGCCACCAAAGAGAUCCGGUGGACGCAGAACUGGAAUCUCUGCCGAACCAAUUCAGGAGGACGAUACCGAGUACAAGAAAGUGGUGAUUCCAAAGGAUGAUGCCACUCGGAAGUCACUUGAGGCAGCCAUGAGGAAGAACUUGCUCUUCGCUCAUUUGGAGGAGGAUGAGCAAAAGACCAUGUACGAUGCCAUGUUCCCAGUUGAGAAGGCUGCUCAAGAGACCAUCAUUGAACAAGGAGAGGAAGGAGAUAACUUCUACGUUAUCGACAAGGGAACCGUCGACGUCUAUGUCAACCACGAAUAUGUCCUCACAAUCAACGAGGGUGGAUCGUUCGGAGAGCUCGCGUUGAUCUACGGAACUCCACGUGCCGCCACCGUCAUUGCCAAGACUGACGUCAAAUUGUGGGCUAUCGACCGUCUCACAUACCGUCGUAUCUUGAUGGGAUCCGUCACCAAGAAGAGAAAGAUGUAUGACGAAUUCCUCUCGAAGGUUCAAAUUUUGGCCGAUCUCGACCAAUGGGAGCGCGCCAAUGUGGCCGAUGCUCUUGAGAGAUGCGACUUUGAGCCAGGAACUCAUGUCGUCGAGCAAGGACAACCCGGAGACGAAUUCUUCAUCAUUCUCGAGGGAGAGGCUAAUGUUUUGCAAAAGAGAAGCGACGACGCUCCAUUCGACGUUGUUGGACAUCUCGGAAUGUCCGACUAUUUCGGAGAGAUCGCUCUUCUUCUUGACCGCCCACGUGCCGCCACUGUUGUCGCCAAGACCCAUCUCAAAUGCAUCAAGUUGGACCGCAACCGUUUCGAACGUGUUAUGGGACCAGUUCGUGAGAUUCUCAAGAGAGACGUUUCCAACUACAACUCAUACGUCAAACUGAUGACUUAA